AUGGGCUGUCUGAUUUCUCAACUCGCCGCCAAAUUUGCCUUCUUUCCUCCGGCGCCGGCGACGUACCAGGUGAAGAAAAGAGACGACGGAAAACUGGUGGCGGUCUCAACCCAAUCUUCUAUGCCAAUAGCAGUUGACGACGCUUCAUUUGACGUGCUUUCGAUUAAUACUAAGAGAGGAAACAAGAUUAUUGCAUUUUAUUUGAGGAAUCCAUAUGCGAGGCUCACAGUUUUGUACUCGCAUGGAAACGCCGCCGAUCUGGGACAGCUUUAUGAUCUCUUUGUUCAGCUCAAAGCUAAUCUUAGAGUCAACCUCAUUGGGUACGAUUAUUCUGGGUAUGGGGCCUCUACUGGCAAGCCCAGUGAAUAUGAUACAUACGCUGACAUAGAGGCAGUGUAUGAGUGUCUUCAGACGGAAUAUGGAAUUAGCCAAGAAGAUUUAAUUCUAUAUGGACAGUCUGUUGGAAGUGGCCCAACAUUGCACUUAGCAGCUCAAUUGCCAAGGUUGAGAGGUGUAGUUCUGCACAGUGCCAUUCUUUCUGGCAUUCGUGUUCUCUGUCAAGUGAAGUACACAUUUUGUUGUGAUAUUUAUAAGAAUGUAAAUAACAUUCGGAAGGUGAAAUCUCCUGUGCUUGUAAUACAUGGGACGGAUGAUGACGUGGUGAAUUGUUUACAUGGUAAUGGGUUAUGGAAGUUAGCUAGGGAACCGUAUGAGCCCUUGUGGAUUAAGGGAGGUGGGCACUGCAAUUUGGAGCUUUACCCGGAUUACAUCCGCCAUCUUUGCAAAAAAGGUCAAAGUGUUCUUCCAGCAAGUGUUGUAGGAUUAAACUCAAACGACCCAAAUGCACAGAAUGUUACUAUCCGAGUUGCAAAAGGUGCUGCCAGUGGCCCAAAUGUCCAAAAUGCCCACAAUGUCGUCCGAAUUGCCUCUCAUGUUUCAAACCUAGCUGCAUGA